AUGCAUUCACAAUCAGGAUCUGCUACCACCAUUCUCACCAUGCGACCCUCAGAUCCUCUCGCCACAUCGAACCCUCUGCCAGUGACAGACACUUCACAUCCUAAUGAUCCCAUACCUGAAGAACCUGCCCAAACAAGAAAGUUGUCAAUCAGUGCCUCGCAGCUCAGUCAUUCUCCGCCCUUGUCCACUGUCAACACCCAUACCUUUUCCGAUGAUGCCUCCAGCAUCGACACCAGACCUUCCACCCCAACCGACAGUCAAUCCGAUGAUUCACUAGACGACCUCCAUGAAAUACCGAAGGCCGAGCCUACGGGCAGAAAACGACGUGCCUCGACGCUGUUGGUAUCUCAAGACUCCGAAGAUGCACGCCGAUUUCUGGGCGAGCGUGGUGCCGCAACCUCCAUGAUUCAAAAGGCUUGCUGUGGUGGAGGCUGCUGUAUGCUUCAGGAGCUCAAGUCCAAGAACCUUCCUGAAUCAAAAAACCCCAUCAAAGUGCCUGAGAACGACGCUUUCAAGAGCUUGAAAAUCAAACUAGGUCAUUUCAGUCUCGACAGCGAGUUGACAGGAAUUGUUGACAUGCCCACCAAGACCGUAUCUCUCGAGUCCCUCGCAACCACUCCUCCUCCACGCAAGUACGAACCCAACUCAAAGAAAGCUCCCGAGGUUCUCAAACACCCUCCCAACUUCGUGACGCCUCACCCACCCUUCGAAGUAUUUUCCGCACCUCUCUUCCACGCAAAAGAAUUGACGAGGCCCGGAGCCGAAAAGAGAACCUAUCAUUUCGACAUUGAUGUUACAGAUUAUCCCAAAGAGAGUGGAGAUGUCGAUUUUGUGGUUGGAGGUGCUAUUGGAGUCUGUGCCCCAAAUUCUCCCGAUAUUGUCGACGAGGUCUUCAAUCUGCUAGGUGUACCAAGUUUUGUACGGGAUAAGCCCAUCUUACUCAAGACCACCAAUGGAAGAUGGCCCACGAUAUGGGGAGACGAGGCCGCCAGAGAGCUUGUCACCACGAGAAGAGAACUUCUGACAUGGUGUUCCGACAUCCAGAGCUAUCCACCAACGAAGCAGUUGUUCCGCGUCCUUGGAGAAUAUGCUGAAGAUGAACACGAGAAGGCGAUAUUAAUGUUCCUCUCCUCAGCACAAGGUCAGGCCGCCUUCUGUGACCUACGGACAGGCCCUUACCUGACCCUGACUCAACUACUCUCGGCAUUCCCCUCAAGUCGCCCACCACUCGAUCAAAUACUAACCGUCCUCAACACUUUAAUGCCUCGGUUCUAUUCUCUUUCUCAAGACCCUAUGGUCUCAUAUCAGAAAGAUGGGACCACGAAACGCCGGCUCAUAGAGAUCGCAGUGACUGUUCACGAAGCCGACGACUACGCAAAAGGGCAACGGACAGGCGUUGGCUCUGGAUUUCUGGAACGUCUCGCAAGACAAGUCAUGCAGGCAGAAAAGGAAGGCAAGAAUCCCAAAGAUCUUGACCUUCGCGUUCCUAUGUUCAGAGGUCUCAUGGCCAACCCCCUCGCAAGAGAGUUUGUCUCAGACGGGCCGAUGCUUCUGAUCGGAGCUGGAGUCGGCAUUGCUCCCUUCCGUGGAUUUGUUCAUCGACGACUGAAGUCCGCCAACUGUGCGAAUAAAGUCUGGGUUCUACAAGGUGUACGAGACAGCCUGCUUGACGAACUUUACUCUGGUGAUUGGGGCGUACACGAAGACCAAGUCAAGAAAGUGGUCCAGUCCCGAAAAGGAGAAGGCAGAUAUGUUCAAGAAGAAGUCCGCGCACAGGCUGAUCUAGUCUGGUUCAUUAUCAACGCCUUGGAUGGUCGAGUCUUUGUGUGUGGAAGUUCCAAAGGCAUGGGCGAAGGUGUAGAGGCCGCCCUCAUAGAGGUUGCCGAGGGCAAGGGGAAGUUGAAUCACGACGAGGCAACAGCUUUCUGGGCCGAGAAGAAAAAGUCAGGCCAGUAUAUUGCCGAGACGUGGUAA